AUGGGCCAGGAGGCUGACUUGUCACCGCCCUCAAACGCCCAGGCCGAGCAACGGGCUGUCGCAGCAGACGGGUUCUUCCGCACAGAGAACCGCUUCUCUCAGCUGCCAGCAGGAGAGGGCAGCCAUUUUGAUGCAGGAGAGCCGCGUAGCAGCAAUGGCGGCGAGGACCAAGAGGGCGACGACCAAGUCAGUAGCUAUAACGCAAUAGCUAGUGAAGACGCCGAAGAAGAAGAGCCUCCUAAGGAAGCAACAAGAGCCUCGGCGAGCGCGCCAUCAUAUAACCUGAUGCGUACUGAAGGUGCACAUUUUAAUGCCGCAAAGUUCCGACGGAGGGUCGAGCAGACGAUAUCCAGCGCCCCAGAUGCAAUUAAAUUUAUGCAGAAGCAGCACUCCGUCAACUUCGCCGCCCAGUCCAGGAAAGUUAACAAUAGCAGUUACGGAGAUGCCUGUGAUCAGCUGAUGCCGAAUUUCUUCCUCGACUUCCUUGCCAUUUUAGGGAAGCCUAAUGAAGCCGUCUCCAAAGCCACUGAUAGCCAUCCACUCUCUACCAUUGGCAUCUCUUUCAAGGAUUGGGCGGCUCCUUACUCUAGUAAACAUCUUAAGGCCGCCCUGUCCUUUAGCUUGACCGGACGCACAUUUAAGAUUGGAGCUGAUGGUUUGGGCAUGACGUGGUUUAUUAUCGUUGCUCCUGAUCCUAGGGGAGCGGUAUUUGGCGACGAUCGGAGGGGUGAGGAGGAGGAGGAGGAGGAGGAGGAAGGGUCAGGCAGCGGGCCAGAUCUGCCAGGCGGCCGGCCAGAACGUCGAAACGCAAGGGUAUCCGGGCCCGGGGAACGGGCUGUGCCAAAGGGAACUGCACUGAAGAGCUGGCGCGCGAAGAUACUUAUCAAGUACUUCCACAAGUGCGUCAGCAGCACCAUCUUGGGAAGGGGGAUCGAGGAGUCGUGGCGCCUAUGGAGCCAGGAGACGGCGCAGAUCUCACUGGGUGACUGGGCGGCCUUGCAGAAGGCACUCGUGUCUGGAUGGGGCGAGCUGGCGCUGGAGAUGAGUUCUCGUGAUAGGUUCUGGACCGGAACCCAGCUGGCCUUCCACGCAUACGGGUACGGCGGUAACGUUCUGAUCGACAUCAGUAACGGUCCGCCUAUUCCAGAGCUGGAGAGGACGCGGAGAGAUGAUGAUGACGAUGAUGAUGAUGACGAUGAUGAUGAUGACGGCGAUGGCACUGGCGAAGGCGAUAAUAACGAGCCCGACGACAAUGAGGACAACGGCGAUGAUAACUAUGGUGACGAUGACAUAAGGAUGCAAGAUGAUAUAACCAACGCCCGCAGCAGCGGUUUAGCUGAAUCUCAGCGAGAAGGCGGGGACUUGCACCAUGGUAGGGAGAGGGGAGGGAGUGCGGAUGCCGCAUCACCGGCCAACCAGCGCGAGGAAAGGGGAGAAUCUGGGAGGGACCCCGACGGCGGAGCGGCGAGGCUGAUACAUUACGCCGAAACCGCUCCCGGCCUACGCCAGCUGGGCUCGACGAUAGACGCCAUCUUCAACCUGAGCGCCAUAGACAGCAUAUCUUAUGCCCUCGCCGCCGAUAUCAACUGCCUCAGCAAUGGGGAGCCGAGCUGUCUGCUCGCGGACUUUAAAGAGGUCGACGAUCAGUAUAAAGACCGUAAGCUGGCGGGCCUCACGCACUAUUCGCUGGGCUUCCACCCCCGCCACGGCAACUUCACAUCCGGCCUGCCUCCGGACUUUAUAGACAACGCGCUGCGGACGGUGUGUUCCAAUAUGAGCUACGAGAACGACAACGCCGACAUAGUCACGGCCGGCUACUUCCAAGCCUAUUCGAACAUCAAGAAGACGGUGCGGUUCAACCCGCAAGAUCUCCUCGCGAGCCAGGCGAUUGCCACCGCCGCGCUUGCCCUGCCCGCCGCGGGGCCGGGCGUCACGCCCGCGGCGAAGAGGACGCAGCAGAGGCUGCUUGACCAGCUGAUGGGUGAGAACAGCCCAGAGGCCAGGUUCCGCACAAUCCCUUUUGCGCGGGAAGCGAGCCGGCUCGAGCAGUGCAUCGAGGAGGGGGAAUACGCCUUUAGGAUGGAGCAGGUCGUCACCGUCUCGGUGUCCCAGCUGCUCCCCGAGCACCGCACCAUGCCCAUGGUGCUGAGGCCCAUGACGCAGCUGAUCUGCUUCUUCCUCGUGGCGCAGAAGGAGUACACCCAGGUGCUCAGGGUGUUUGACACGGAGGCGUUUCCCGGAGUGCUGUGCGCAUACGCCAGGCUCUUCGAGCUCAUCGCGGCCUCGAUGCUCGCGCAGUUCCACCGCGGGGGAAAGACAGGGCUCCCGGUAGAGCUGGGAGAGGCGAUGGCGGCGGUUGACCGACUGGGGAGCUUCUGCUUCACCGGCGACAGGAGGGUGCUCCCAAGCACGACGUUUAGAUACCUGGGCACGAUGGAGAGCAUCAAGAACCAUGCUUUCCCCUACAUCGACCCGGGGAGGCUGAACAUGGCCGGCCAGGGCAGGAUGAAUCUGAAAAACUGGCCGGGCGUGCAGAACCGCCGAGUACACCUCCUGCAAGCUGCGUCCCUGCAGUACCACUACGGGAAGCAAGUGGCGGCCGGUCGCGAGUCCGAGGCCAGGGUGCAUCUGAUGUCGCGGGACGUCAAUGCGGCGGCGGAGUAUAUAGAGGAGGUCUUUCGAACUCACUUCGUGCCCGAGAUGCGCCAGUUCUUCUCGGGGAGGAUCCGGAAGCUUCUCCAGAAGCGGGGACGCAGCGUCACACUUCCUGAUGAUCAGCGGGAAAAGCUGAGAAAGGCCCGGCUGUGCCUCGACGACUGGGAGGUCGCAGGUCAGAAUGGGACAGCCGCAUUUGGCUCCGAGGUGUUCGGCAAUAUCGUGGAGGCAAUCAACGACGCCUUGGACGAGAGGCCGGCCCGGUCGAAGGAGGCGAUCACAAGCGAUAAGCUAGAGCAGGACAGAUACAUUGACCGCAUACUCGGGGCUCUCCAAAGAAGCAGCGACAUGGUGAUGGACAAGACUCUCAGCUCGAAGAACAUGACUUGGCUCGCCGUUCUGAGCUCUCUGUUUAAGCAGACAUACGAGAGGGAGAAGCCAGAUAAGUCAACGGAGCGGUGGCGGUUCUACAUUGGGUCGGCACUGCGAUGCAACCGCGUCGAAUGGGUUCUUGGGAACUCCCGCGGAACGAUUACGGCGACAAUUGCCGAGAGAGUGUUUCUGUCGAAGGAGAAGAGCUCGCUGGUCGGCUGGGCGAUGAGCCUACAUCCGGGGAGCCUCAAGCGGAGCGCGGUGAUGGCGGAGAUCGCGCGGGAGAGCAAGAGGCACAGGACCAAGGAGAGCCGCAUCGACUUCGGGUGCCAGUUCCCGCUCAGCGGCGGUCUCCCGGCAGAGCUCGAACGCGGAUUUCAGCAGCUGCAGGAGUAUUCGAAGCACAUGAAGGUGCCCAAGGCAGGGCUCACCAACCACUACAGGCAAGCGCAUCGCCUGCUGGAAGCGUACCAGGGAAAGCCCCAGGUUGAGCUCCUCUGCAUGCUGGCGCUGACGGUGGGCACGACAUCGGACAUGAUAGUGUACAACAUGCCCAAGGCAGACGCCGAAGGUGAAGUCGCCGGAUUUACAAUAGCCGACAGCAGGGUGAAGCACAAGAGAGGGGGGACGCGGGUGGCUCUGCUCGCUCUACGCAUGCUGUGGUUCCUCGAGCCAGGCGAGUUCGUGUGGAAGAAAGCCAAGGGGGCGCAGGAGAAGAAGAUGGAGGAGGCGACGAUGUAUAGCACGCAGUACGUGCGCGAGGCAACAGGUGAGACACAGGCCCCUACGCAACCUUUACUAUACGUGAGAGGAAACAACUGA